GCUUCCGGUGGCGGUGGAGAUGUUGUCGGUGGAGGUGGCGAUGCUACCGGUGGAUGUGGUGAUGCUGCCGGUGGCGGAGGAGAUGCUUCAUGUUGCGGUGGCGAUAUUGUCGGUGGCGUUGGAGAUGCUGCCGGUGGAGGUGGCGAUGCUUCCGGUGGUGGAGGUGGCGAUGCAGCCAGUGGCGGGGGAGAUGUUGUAGGUGGAGGUGGCGAUGCUGCCGGUGGAGGUGGUGAUGCUGCCGGUGGCGGGGGAGAUGCUUCAUGUUGAGGUGGCGAUACUGUCGGUGGUGUUGGAGAUACUGCCGGUAGAGGUGGCGAUGCUACCAGUGGCGGGGGCGAUGCUUCAUGUUGAGGUGGCGAUAUUGUCGGUGGUGUUGGAGAUGCUGCCGGUGGAGGUGCCGAUGCUACCGGUGGCGGGGGCGAUGCUUCAUGUUGAGGUGGCGAUAUUGUCGGUGGUGUUGGAGAUGCUGCCGGUGGUGGAGGUGGUGAUGCUACCACUGGCGGGGGAGAUGUUGCAGGUGGAGGUGGCGAUGCUGCAGGUGGAGGUGGCGAUGCUGCCGGUGGCGGGGGAGAUGCUUCAUGUUGAGGUGGCGAUACUGUCGGUCGUGUUGGAGAUACUGCCGGUGGAGGUGGCGAUGCUACCGGUGGCGGGGGUGAUGCUUCAUGUUGAGGUGGCGAUACUGUCGGUGGUGUUGGAGAUACUGCCGGUGGAGGUGGCGAUGCUGCCGGUGGCGGGGGAGAUGCUUCAUGUUGAGGUGGCGAUACUGUCGGUGGUGUUGGAGAUACUGUCGGUGGAGGUGGCGAUGCUACCGGUGGCGGGGGCGAUGCUUCAUGUUGAGGUGGCGAUAUUGUCGGUGGUGUUGGAGAUGCUGCCGGUGGAGGUGCCGAUGCUACCGGUGGCGGGGGCGAUGCUUCAUGUUGAGGUGGCGAUAUUGUCGGUGGUGUUGGAGAUGCUGCCGGUGGAGGUGCCGAUGCUACCGGUGGCGGGGGAGAUGCUGCAGGUGGAGGUGGCGAUGCUGCCGGUGGCGGGGGAGAUGCUUCAUGUUGAGGUGGCGAUACUGUCGGUGGUGUUGGAGAUGCUACCGGUGGAGGUGGCGAUGCUACCGGUGGCGGGGGCAAUGCUUCAUGUUGAGGUGGCGAUAUUGUCGGUGGUGUUGGAGAUGCUGCCGGUGGAGGUGCCGAUGCUACCGGUGGCGGGAGCGAUGCUUCAUGUUGAGGUGGCGAGAUUGUCGGUGGUGUUGGAGAUGCUACCGAUGGAGGUGCCGAUGCUACCGGUGACGGGGGAGAUGCUGCAGGUGGAGGUGGCGAUGCUGCCGGUGGCGGGGGAGAUGCUUCAUGUUGAGGUGGUGAUAUUGUUGGUGGCAUUGGAGAUGCUGCCGGUGGAGGUGGCGAUUCUGCCGGUGGUGGAGGUGGCGAUGCUGCCACUGGCGGGGGAGAUGUUGCGGGUGGAGGUGGCGAUGCUGCCGGUAGAGGUGGCGAUGCUGCCGGUGGCGGGGGAGAUGCUUCAUGUUGAGGUGGCGAUACUGUCGAUGGUGUUGGAGAUACUGCCGGUGGAGGUGGCGAUGCUACCGGUGGCGGGGGCGAUGCUUCAUGUUGAGGUGGCGAUACUGUCGGUGGUGUUGGAGAUACUGCCGGUGGAGGUGGCGAUGCUACCGGUGGCGGGGGCGAUGCUUCAUGUUGAGGUGGCGAUAUUGUCGGUGGUGUUGGAGAUGCUGCCGGUGGAGGUGCCGAUGCUACCGGUGGCGGGGGAGAUGCUGCAGGUGGAGGUGGCGAUGCUGCCGGUGGCGGGGGGGAUGCUUCAUGUUGAGGUGGCGAUACUGUCGGUGGAGUUGGAGAUACUGCCGGUGGAGGUGGCGAUGCUACCGGUGGCGGGGGCGAUGCUUCAUGUUGAGGUGGGGAUAUUGUCGGUGGUGUUGGAGAUGCUACCGGUGGAGGUGCCGAUGCUACCGGUGGCGGGGGCGAUGCUUCAUGUUGAGGUGGCGAUAUUGUCGGUGGUGUUGGAGAUGCUGCCGGUGGAGGUGCCGAUGCUACCGGUGGCGGGGGAGAUGCUGCAGGUGGAAGUGGCGAUGCUGCCGGUGGCGGGGGAGAUGCUUCAUGUUGAGGUGGCGAUACUGUCGGUGGUGUUGGAGAUACUGCCGGUGGAGGUGGCGAUGCUACCGGUGGUGGGGGAGAUGCUGCAGGUGGAGGUGGCGAUGCUACCGGUGGCGGGGGAGAUGCUUCAUGUUGAGGUGGCGAUACUGUCGGUGGUGUUGGAGAUACUGCCGGUGGAGGUGGCGAUGCUACCGGUGGCGGGGGCGAUGCUUCAUGUUGAGGUGGCGAUACUGUCGGUGGUGUUGGAGAUACUGCCGGUGGAGGUGGCGAUGCUACCGGUGGCGGGGGCGAUGCUUCAUGUUGAGGUGGCGAUACUGUCGGUGGUGUUGGAGAUACUGCCGGUGGAGGUGGCGAUGCUACCGGUGGCGGGGGCGAUGCUUCAUGUUGAGGUGGCGAUACUAUCGGUGGUGCUGGAGAUACUGCCGGUGGAGGUGGCGAUGCUGCCGGUGGCGGGGGAGAUGCUUCAUGUUGAGGUGGCGAUACCGUCGGUGGUGUUGGAGAUACUGCCGGUGGAGGUGGCGAUGCUACCGGUGGCGGGGGCGAUGCUUCAUGUUGAGGUGGGGAUAUUGUCGGUGGUGUUGGAGAUGCUACCGGUGGAGGUGCCGACGCUACCGGUGGCGGGGGCGAUGCUUCAUGUUGAGGUGGCGAUAUUGUCGGUGGUGUUGGAGAUGCUGCCGGUGGAGGUGCCGAUGCUACCGGUGGCGGGGGAGAUGCUGCAGGUGGAAGUGGCGAUGCUGCCGGUGGCGGGGGAGAUGCUUCAUGUUGAGGUGGCGAUACUGUCGGUGGUGUUGGAGAUACUGCCGGUGGAGGUGGCGAUGCUACCGGUGGCGGGGGCGAUGCUCCAUGUUGAGGUGGCGAUAUUGUCGGUGGUGUUGGAGAUGCUGCCGGUGCAGGUGCCGAUGCUACCGGUGGCGGCGGCGAUGCUUCAUGUUGAGGUGGCGAGAUUGUCGGUGGUGUUGGAGAUGCUGCCGGUGGAGGUGCCGAUGCUGCCGGUGGCGGGGGAGAUGCUUCAUGUUGAGGUGGCGAUACUGUCGGUGGUGUUGGAGAUACUACCGGUGGAGGUGGUGAUGCUACCGGUGGCGGGGGCGAUGCUUCAUGUUGAGGUGGCGAUAUUGUCGGUGGUGUUGGAGAUGCUGCCGGUGGAGGUGCCGAUGCUACCGGUGGCGGGGGCGAUGCUUCAUGUUGAGGUGGCGAGAUUGUCGGUGGUAUUGGAGAUGCUACCGGUGGAGGUGCCGAUGCUACCGGUGGCGGGGGAGAUGCUGCAGGUGGAGGUGGCGAUGCUGCCGGUGGCGGGGGAGAUGCUUCAUGUUGAGGUGGCGAUAUUGUUGGUGGCGUUGGAGAUGCUGCCGGUGGAGGUGGCGAUGCUGCCGGUGGUGGAGGUGGCGAUGCUGCCACUGGCGGGGGAGAUGUUGCAGGUGGAGGUGGCGAUGCUGCCGGUGGCGGGGGAGAUGCUUCAUGUGGAGGUGGCGAUACUGUCGGUGGUGUUGGAGAUACUGCCGGUGGAGGUGGCGAUGCUACCGGUGGCGGGGGCGAUGCUUCAUGUUGAGGUGGCGAUACUGUCGGUGGUGUUGGAGAUACUGCCGGUGGAGGUGCCGAUGCUGCCGGUGGCGGGGGAGAUGCUUCAUGUUGAGGUGGCGAUACUGUCGGUGGUGUUGGAGAUACUGCCGGUGGAGGUGGCGAUGCUGCCGGUGGCGGGGGAGAUGCUUCAUGUUGAGGUGGCGAUACUGUCGAUGGUGUUGGAGAUACUGCCGGUGGAGGUGGCGAUGCUGCCGGUGGCGGGGGAGAUGCUUCAUGUUGAGGUGGCGAUACUGUCGGUGGUGUUGGAGAUACUACCGGUGGAGGUGGCGAUGCUACCGGUGGCGGGGGCGAUGCUUCAUGUUGAGGUGGCGAUACUGUCGGUGGUGUUGGAGAUACUGCCGGUGGAGGUGGCGAUGCUGCCGGUGGCGGGGGAGAUGCUUCAUGUUGAGGUGGCGAUACUGUCGGUGGUGUUGGAGAUACUGCCGGUGGAGGUGGCGAUGCUACCGGUGGCGGGGGCGAUGCUUCAUGUUGAGGUGGGGAUAUUGUCGGUGGUGUUGGAGAUGCUGCCGGUGGAGGUGCCGAUGCUACCGGUGGCGGGGGCGAUGCUUCAUGUUGAGGUGGCGAUAUUGUCGGUGGUGUUGGAGAUGCUGCCGGUGGAGGUGCCGAUGCUACCGGUGGCGGGGGAGAUGCUGCAGGUGGAAGUGGCGAUGAUGCCGGUGGCGGGGGAGAUGCUUCUUGUUGAGGUGGCGAUACUGUCGGUGGUGUUGGAGAUACUGCCGGUGGAGGUGGCGAUGCUACCGGUGGCGAGGGCGAUGCUUCAUGUUGAGGUGGCGAUAUUGUCGGUGGUGUUGGAGAUGCUGCCGGUGCAGGUGCCGAUGCUACCGGUGGCGGCGGCGAUGCUUCAUGUUGAGGUGGCGAGAUUGUCGGUGGUGUUGGAGAUGCUGCCGGUGGAGGUGCCGAUGCUACCGGUGGCGGGGGAGAUGCUGCAGGUGGAGGUGGCGAUGCUGCCGGUGGCGGGGGAGAUGCUGCAGGUGGAGGUGGCGAUGCUGCCGGUGGCGGGGGAGAUGCUUCAUGUUGAGGUGGCGAUAUUGUCGGUGGCGUUGGAGAUGCUGCCGGUGGAGGUGGCGAUGCUGCCGGUGGUGGAGGUCGCGAUGCUGCCAGUGGCGGGGGAGAUGUUGCAGGUGGAGGUGGCGAUGCUGCCGGGGGAGGUGGCGAUGCUGCCGGUGGCGGAGGAGAUGCUUCAUGUUGAGGUGGUGAUACUGUCGGUGGUGUUGGAGAUACUGCCGGUAGAGGUGGCGAUGCUACCGGUGGCGAGGGAGAUGCUGCAGGUGGGGGUGGUGAUGCUGCCGAUGGAGGUGGUGAUGCUGCCGAUGGGGGGGAAGAUGCUUCAUGUUGAGGUGGCAAUACUGUCGGUGGCGUUGGAGAUGCUGCUGGUGGAGGAGCUGAGGGUACCAGUGCUGGUGCUGGUGGUAGGAUGUAGAAAUCAGCCUGCACAGAGGUCACGGCCUGAAGAAUCAUGGCGAGGAUGAGUAGGACCACGGAGAACACGGUGGCUUUGGUGGUGGCCAUUGUCGCUGCUGGAACGCUCGGUGGUUUUUCUUCUUCUACUUUCAUUGUGAUG